AUGGAGACACCUCGUGACGUACCUUCAACGCAACAACAUCCAUUUAAUUUCACGGGGCAACGGCCAGAAGAGACGGCGCACAGGUCAUUUCACUUUACAUGUACAUUGGAAGAUCGUGAAAAACGUAAACGGGCUGCGGCAGUGCGAUGGACGUCACCUUUUCAAGACACCGCCGUGAAGACUUCAGGAAGAAAACAUUGCACGGAGGUCCCGUCUGUAAACGAGCCACCCCCGCCGAAAACAACUUCAUUGCAUGUUGUUGCCGCAUCCAAUGACACCACGAAGGCCAUUGCGUCAGGAGACGGUCCACUCUCCCUCGAGAUCCUUCUCCAUGAAUCGCAGCAGCAGCUUUCGGCAUUGUUGUGGCAAAAACGUCGCUGCCGCACACUACAGGCGGCGUUGGAUGCCUCACUGGAGCGGCAGAAGGUCCUGGAAAACGCCCUUGUUGAGUCAAGUGGCGAGUCACAAGAGACGAGAGAGCAGUACCGCGCGUAUGUUGCCACGACGGCAGAGGAAUUGCGUCAGACGAGGAAGUCGUUGAGGGCGAGUGAGACGGCGUUGCGGGUCAUAGAGGACGAGGUGGGUGGUCUUCGGAGGGAAAAUGAACGGCUCCGCCAGCUGCAUCAACAGGCAGAAGAGGAUCACACAGUGCGGCGCCGCCAACAAGAAAGAAUGGAGGAUCAACUGUCGUGUCUACUUGCAGAGAAGGAGCGGAUCCAGGGGGAACUGAGUACGUCCCGAGCACGCUGCCGUGAGCUGGAGACGUUGCAGAAUGCGAAAGAAACAACAAUCGACGAGUCUGCAGAAGGCAACGAUGAAACGAAGAACAUGGACAAGAAAAAGAUCAUCCAUGGCAAUGACGAUAAUGGUGGCAGUGACGCUGCAAGAAGGGACGAGAUAAACACAAUUAUAACUCUGCUAGAGGACGAAUUGGACCGUCGGCGUGCGGAGAUGGAUGCCAUGAAGGAAUCCACCGAAGCAUUUCGGGAGGAGGUGCGGCGGGUGUUUGGUAUGGCAUGUAAACGGUUGACGGUAGUGAGUCAACGUGGUGCUCAACUGACGUCAGUCCUCGCAUGCGACAGUAAACAACUGCAGCGAGGGAUGGAAGAGGAUGUGGAGAAUGGAGGGGACAUGGAUUCCCUUUUCGCCACACUCGAAAUUAUUGUGCGGCGUCUAGAGCAGCAGUGGUGUUGCUUGGAGGAGAAGGUAAUGUCAAGGGAAAGUGAAUCCCAAAAACAAAAGGAACUGCAGAAUCAAUUAGAUGCCAUGAAAGAGGCACAUCUGGCAGAGCUGCAGACGAUAAAGAGCACCAGGCAGGAGGCGACAGAGCGGCUGCAUCAAAUGGAAAUUCGGUACACGCAGCUGCUCCGCGCUAUGGAACGACAGAGUCAAAUGGUGCUUGCCGCCACCAACACCGACAUGCGAAUUAGCAGGGGAAACAGAACAUCACGCACUAAAGAAAAGCCUAGGAAUAAACAGGAGGAUGGCGACAAGAAUAGUGAUGACAGUAGCAGUAACAAUAACAGUCAUGAGGAAUACAUGGAGGGGCGGGGCGAGGAACGCGGGAAAAGAAUGGCAUGUGAAAAAGAAACAUUUCAAACAUAUGAGUGGCACUUUGGCAGGAAGGAGUUUAUGACAUGUGAGACGAUAUUGGAUCCUUCCUAUGAUAGAAUGGUGUAUACGCUGCUGCGGCGUACACGCCAGGCGACAAGAAACGCAAUCCGACAACUACGCGAGGCACGUUCAAAGCAUGACACUCUUCUUAAGCUGCAGGAGGAGAAGCAACGGCAAUCGAUGGCCAUAAGUGAGGAACGCGUAAGGUAUCAAGCCACAGUGAAGCGUUUGCAGACAUCUCUGAAGGCGGCGCACGACACGGAGUCUUCUUUGAAAACGAAAAUUGCUGCGGUCAUGCGUACAGCUGAGUUAGAAAGAAAUUCUCUUGUACGGCGAGCGGAGGCUGCGGAGCGUGAUGUGCAGGCCAAGUCUAAACAGGAACGGCUGCUGCAGCGGCAAGUACGUGAGAUGCUGGAAGAAUAUGAGGCGGCAAAACAAGAGUUGGCCGCGCGUGAUGAUAAGAUUGCCGAACUCAGCGCAGAGCUUGCCGAAGGUCAAAGUACGACCCGUGAGAAACAAUUUGACUUGAAUACACUACACCAUCGAUGUGAGGAUUUGGUUCGCAUGACAGAUGUUCUGGAGACCCGUGUGCGGCGUGAAAUACAGAAUCAAGACGUAUUCUAUGAACUCUUAAGGAAGCUGUGCGGCGCUGUGGCAGUCCUGACGCUGCGGUUAAGUACUGUGGCGGAGGAGCGGGAUGCUCUUUGGCGUGCCUACGAAGCGCGAGAAACCGACUGUCGGGCCGCCCUUCAAGUGCUUCAGGAGUUUAUGAAAAAGGAGGAGGAGGAGGAAGGACAGGAAUUGGAGUUGGGUUUGCAGAAAAUUGGCCGUGUGUUACCUUCGCAUCAUGGACGUUCAUUUUAUGUCAUUGUGGCCGUUGUGAUAGCAUGUCAUCGUAUGCAGCAUCUGCUGUCUUCCCGUUACAGUAGGCGCCACGUCAUGUUUGCCGUAUACAAUGAGGAUGACAACAGCACAAACCUUAGAAACAGUGGUCGUGAUUUGAGCGGAUUUGCUCUUUCACCGUGGCACAUGCUGAAAUCCAGAAAUGUUCUUUCUCUUGUAGCGUCUGUGCCGCGUGUGUCGGCGGCUCUUCGGCGGCAAAGUGGGGGAACGAGGAUGCCGUUUGUCCACCUUCCACCGCUGAAGACCCUUCUUUCUGUCAUUGCAUCUCGUGAUAGAAACGGCACUGCAGAGCAUGAAGUAAACGAUACAUUGGAGCAAAUAUUAGCCCUUGCAGAGCUGAACAACAACGUGGAGGCCAAUCGAUUCUGGCUUGAAGCGCAUAUUUCACGGGGUGUGGCUUAUGCCGCUUCUGCUGCAGGUGGUGGUGGUGGUGGCGGUGCUUGGACGCGUCGUGGUUUGCCGUGCGUCAAUUCCCAGCCCAUACAUUGCCGUGGGAUGCUUGCAGAGAAACUUCAUUAUGUUUUGCACACCGUCCGUGAUGCCGCCACGGAGUUUCGGCAAAAGAUGCGUCAGAAAGACGCCUCCAUUCAAAUAGCAGAGGAGGAGAGCCACCAACUGCGCUCCAUGGUUCAGGAACGCGAAGGAAUUGCCGCAGGUUUUGCCCAGCAACUUCGCGAGUAUGAGGAACAUGUGGCGACCGCUUUUGUAGGCCGUGAUGUUUAUCAAGAGCUACAGGAUCGGUUGCGUGCGGCCCACGACGCCCUCCAGGAGGAACGUGAGGCACGGCGGAAAAUAGAAGAGGUCAAUGCCGCUCUGCGCCAAAGGGAGAUUGAGUUGACACGAAUUGUGCAGCUCUUACGGGAUGAGGUGCGGUCACUGUCUAUAGAGUUGGCGGAACAGACUUCUCAUGAUGAUUCUCAUUGUCAGCGUAUAGAUGCCUAUUUGUCGACACUGCGCCUGUCACCAUCUCGGAGAAAAACAAUGAAUACCAGCAGAGAGAGCAAUAACACACAGCUGUACGUCCCUCGAUCUGUGAAACUCACUUCUUUGCCGUUUACUGCCAUCUCCUCCAUGAACACACAUCCAAACACAAACAAUGAAGAUGGCGGUAAUUUGGACGAGGCAGUGCGGCAAGUUCUUUCGGGCCUUGCGUCGCGGCUGGAGCAGGCUGAGGGCAACCCACUGCAGCCAUGA